GGGAUACUGUGAAUGUGUCUAUACUCUUUCAAGUUGCCAUGGAGAAUAGACAAUGACAGCUGCCUCUGGUCAUCAAUUCUGUCUUUAAUUGGGAAUUGGGAAUUUUUCCAGCUAAUUUUUAAAAACUGGCUUUUUGUUUUGUGCAUCUUGUUUUCGAGAAGGUAACUGAACGAUGAGAAUCUUCAUAGCUUUUGAAGGAUCUUUUGAGGCAUUUGAUGUUUCACCACAUGAGUCUGUGGAAGCCAUCAAGCAGAUGGUAAAGGAUCAUUUCCACAUUCCCCUUUCUGAAGACAAGCAGGGCAGGUGGUAUCUGGAGCUGCUGUAUGCUGGAGCUGCCCUAAGGAACAGCUGGAAUCUGUCGGAUGUCGGAAUAUCAUUCUGCUCAACUCUCAAAUGCUUUCUUAAGAAAGAAGACAAGCCUACUCUCUAUGUGUUCAAUGCUGUGACCCAAGAGAGGAUGCCAAUGAUGGAGAACAUGUCGAUCCUGGAGAAGAAGGUGUCUGACCUGAGAAAGCUGGUCACUCGAAGAUGUGGCUUCCCCGUGAGCGUCUACUGUCUCCGGACGCCAAAGGGCCUGGAGAUGUAUGACUGCAACGCCCUCAGGGACUACCAGACUGAUGCCGGCACAACACUUCGUUUGGAUGUCUGGGAUGGAUGGAAAGAAUUUCUCAUGGGAUGUCUUCUUGGGCAAAAACCUAAAGUCCAACGCUACUUAUCAAAGGAAGGACCAGUACUCAAGUACCAGCGGAGGGUAGCCCUGUACAUCGCUGCUUUUCAUGGACACACUGAGCUCACUGAAUGGGCUCUGCAGCAGGGUGUGCAGCCCCACGAAGCGGUUGGCGUUCAUCCUUAUCGAGCAUGGUGCCACGAAGCCCUUCACACAGACGUCUCUAACUGCCCUGUCCAUGCAGCUGCAGAAGCAGGCCAGCUGUUAACUCUGAAGGCCUUUGUCAACUGCACUGUCCUGUGCCUGGAAUGUAAGAACGCAGCAGGACAAACGCCUCUGGCCAUUGCAGCGAAACACCAGCAUAAAGACUGUGUGUUAUAUUUACUGAGUAAAAUGUGGUCCACGGUUUCUUUUCUAAAGCUUUCAGUUCCAAUGAGGAUUUAUAUCAAAAUAAAGCAGUGGCUCCUUAGAGCUCAGAGUCGUAGGUUCCCUAAAGGCCAGCUUGGCAGAGCAAGCAUCCCUGGGGCCAGAGUUGGAGACACUGUCGUGGUGGAUGGUUUCACUCAGCCAAAAAUGACCUCGAAGAGCUGGUACAAGGCUGGAGACAAGAGCCAGCCAAGCUCCCAGAGCAAACUACCACCUUGCAAACCGCAGCCAAGCAGGAAACCUUUACCAAUGUCACAACGGGGCAGCAGAGGACAAGCCCUCACAUUCCCAUCCCUGGUAGACGCAAAGAAGGUCUCAGAACUUCAAAAUCACCAUCGAGAAAACCAGGGGAAAAACUCGGCCCCAGCUGGCAUGAAAGAAAAGCACGUGAAAAACACCUACCUCCCCCAGGUUCCCCUCCCUCCAGUUUCGAGAGUGGAUUAUUCACACCCCCUGUUCUACUGCAUGCCGCCCAGGGCUGACUGCUUGCUAAGGUCCGCCUUCACAUCCUUCUCAGAGCACAGUGGGAGGACCCCAAGAGAGAACGCCAUCUACUGCCUCGCUGUGGCAAGUGCCUUUAAGGAGAAGCCAUGGCUUCGGCAGCUAGAAAUAGCAAGAGUCCUAGCCAAAAGGAGCAUUUCUAACUUGACUGUCCAAGGAGGUUCAGCAAAAUGAGAAAUCCU